GAUUUCAAUGUCCGGGGCGACUCUCCUCAUGACAAGUUAGCCUGCCAGUUCAUAGACAAUAUGCUUAUCCUAGACUAUUCGAUAUCUCAAUGGCCCCACCCAUAGAAUUAGACAUACACCUGACAUUUUUUUCAGCACAAAUCCCAAUUUCUAUUUUGGACAUCAUUCAGGUCGACCGGUCGGAUAAUUUUCUGAUUAUAUUUAAACUUGAUAUCAAAGCUCGUUUAUAUCCUCAUCAUGUAAAAAAAAAAGAAACAUUCUAAUUAGAGCAAACAAAUAAUUGAUAUCCGAUAACCUGACAAUAUUUCUGCAGGAGGAUCUGGGGACUGUUGUCUCCACAGUUCAGCUUGCUGAGUUUGGAGACCUGUGUCACGUUUCACUUACCAACGCUCUUUACUCAGUGGCUUCUAAAAAAAUUGAUUUGCUCGAAGCGUUUACCCCCUAAAGUCUGUUUCGCACAAAACGUUGUUCUCAGAAGGCAAGUGUCCACAUCUGAAGGGCAUUGGUGAAAACCCGUUCUGCUGAAUGACAACACUUCACUCAAACUGCGGAGGGAACAUCACAAAUAAAUAUUUGAUGCCAAAAAUACGUAUCUUGCAAACAUGAUUGAAACUGGCAAGAAUUAACUUCGGGAUUUAUUCAAAAUUGUCAGUGAGCUGGCCAUCCUUCAAUCCACCAAACAUGCUCUUCCCAACAGGAAAUCUGUCAAGCCUUUCUAUUAAAACUUUGACAACAAAAUUCAUAUUGUCAGAAUGCCCACAACCCAAAACUGCCGUUCUAGCCGCCAUAGAUUUGCGCAUUGAGUUUUGGUGACCUUUUUGGCGUUUACUCGAAAAAAACCAGAUGGGUCUUCCAUCCCCUGCCGACGAGACGCUGAACGUCCAAACCGGGCCAGAGUUUGCUUGCCUUGAACCCUGCGACGUUAUUCGCUCGUUUCCAAGAGCCGUGCGGCUGACGGGAUGAGUAAAUGAACGUUUGUCGCGUGGAGGGGACGCUUGUGGUUUACAGGAGGCGGAUUGCGUGGUCGUGCGUGAUUGUGGCACGUAGCCACAACCAUCCAACAACGUCCAGCACGAAUCUUCAUUGGCCACAAUCGAUUUACUUGCUGGACGGAUCUCCCCUUCCCCCCCCCACCAUCGAGCCGUCGCGAUCUCGCGACGUUAUCGAUCCGACGGUACCCACACAGUUCCUCCUGCACGACGCGGAAUGAUUAAUUGUAAUGAUUGAUUAUUCCGUUGUUCCGUCUCCUUCCUGCGCGUGCGCUCCCACGUGACCGACUCACAGCGGCAGUGGCGGAAGAGGAGGCGGAGGAGGCGGCGGAGGAGGAGGAGGCGGUAAGCGACGCGGAGAUCGCGAGGGACGACGAGGAGAGAGACGAUGUCGCCACGGAGGUGUGCCAAGCAGGUGGUGCUGAUUUUCCAGUGCGAGUGGAGCAACUGUGCGUAUAUCUCCUCCAGCAUUGAGGUGUUCAGCUGCCACAUGGGCUCUCACCUGCGUGCCCACCUAUCCCAGAUUUCCACAGGCGAGGUGACCUGCCUGUGGAGUGAAUGCGGCUUCACAGCAUACGAGGGUCCGCCCGAGUUAGAACGUCACAUCUACUUCCACGUCUUCCACACCAAACUCAAGCAGCUGGGCCUGCGCGUCCUCGAUUCGUGCAAGGCAGUCACCCCCUCGCCAGAUCCUGCUGCCGACGCUUCGUUGCUGCCGCCGCCACUGGAGACGGAGGCAGCGCCGAUGCCUGGCGGCGCGUGCGACCAGGGCGUGGUGAUGCGGAGCGUGCCGGGUUGCGGCCUCGACAGCCACACGCGCAACCUCGUGCCCGAGCUGCCCGACAGCUUCCAGUGCCAGUGGGAGGGCUGCGAAAGAAAAUUCUCUCACCCUGAAUGGUUUUACCGGCACGUGGAUUCCCACACGGAGCAGUUCAAGCAGCCCGGCGCGGUCAACACUGCCGGGGGUUCCAUCACCUGCCUUUGGAUAGAAUGCGAGGCCACGUGCCGCUCGCGGUUCCGCCUGUGCGAGCACCUGCGCACGCACACACAGGAGAGGGUGGUUGCAUGCCCCACUUGCGGAGGCAUGUUCUCCAACAACACCAAGCUCAUCGACCACGUCACACGACACCAGUCCAACCAGGUGGCAGCAUUUCAGUGUUCCCACUGCUCCAAGAACUUCACGAGUGAACGGAUCUUGAGAGACCACAUGCGACACCACAUCAACCACUACAAGUGCCCUUUCUGCGACAUGACAUGCCCGGCCCCAUCUUCACUGCGCCAUCACAUCCGGUACCGGCAUGAGCCGGGGAAACCCUUCCCCUGCUCGAUGUGCCAGCACGGAUGUAAGAACCAGGCAGACCUGCAUCGCCACAUGGAGACGCACACCACUGGGAAGCCCCACCGCUGCGAUGCGCCGGGGUGCGACUUCAGCGCGCGCACGCUGAAAACCGUGCGGCAGCACUACCGGCGCGUGCAUCAGGGCGCCGCGGCAGCGUGCUACAAAUGCCACUGCUGCGAGAAGGUCUUCUCGCGUGGCAGCAUCCUCACCAGGCACCUGCGCGUGGCUCACCGCUUCCUCUGGCCGCCGGGAUACCCACGCUUCCGGUACCAGGAGCACGAGGACGGGUAUCGGCGCGUGCAGCUUGUGCGCUACGAGACCGUGGAGCUUGCGGAGCAGCUCAUCAAGGACUGCGAAGAAGAGCAGCAGCAAAUGCAGCAGCUGGAACAACAGCAGCAGCAGCAGCAGGAGAUACAGCAGCUGGAACUGCAGCUGGAACAGCAGCUGGAACAGCAGCAGCAGGAGACGCUGCAGCAGACAGAAUAACACCUGCAUUGGCAGGAGACUCAGAUGCUGUAAUAUCCAGAGGACCUAAACCUGCAUUGAAUUGAACAAUAGUCAACAUUUUAACAUGGAAUUUUAUUAAGCCCUAUAAGAAUUAAUGACUUUUAUGACAUGGUUGGUAUCUUAUGCGAGAUGAAAAAGCAAGUGUGGGCCAGUUUGCGGUCCCCGAUUUAAUAACCAAAUAGACCAAUUUUACUGCACGUUAACACUUCGUAAUGCAGUCUUGUUACAACGUAUUUCACAAAUAUCUUUUUAUGUGAUGCUUUGUUGCAAUUUGUUUCGUGAUUUAAACCCCUAAUAAAAGUGUCACCUUUUGUA